AACAGAGAAUUCUUAUUGAUUGGAUUCCCUCAUCUGUUCCCAUUUCAUUUGUCCCCCAUUCUCUCGCUUCUGGGACUUUUGCUUUCCAUGUUGAAUUCAAGUUUUAAGAUUCUGAAAGGCUCCAAGUCUUCCAAGAAACAGACUUUAUUUGUUUUAGAUGAUUGUUUGAUGGCUGGUCAAUAUAUUCCAAACCGUUUCAGAAAAGACUGGGAACACGCCAUUCAAGACUUGAGAGAGUAUGUUCGUGGGAAAGCUAAGAACAUUCUUAUUGUAGAUGUUUCGAGAACACUGGACGAAAGCAAACGUUUAUAUGAAGCGACUAUAUCGCUAUUUGACGCUAUCGGAGUGGAACCUCAAUAUAUGUCCCUUGGGACUUAUCUAAGCGUUCCUCCUCUAUUAAAGAUAUUGCAGGUUUCCGCAAUGAUGUACAAUUGGAUUUCAAACGGUAUGAAAGAACGCGAAUGUAGGGUGGUAUUGGUGCUCGGUACUUGCGACAUUGUCUCUAUGAAAACUGUUUCCCUUAUGGUAUCUGCCUAUUGGUUAUUUGUUAGCAAGUACAACACAGGAAUAGAGUCACUCGAGCACUUUAUGAAAAAAGCAAAAGUUUAUCAUAAUUUUUCUGCUGCCGAUGUUCAGCCAAGAAUUGAAACCAGUCAUGUUGUAAGGCUUUUAAACUGUAUCACGCAGUUGAAAAGCUCGAUGGACGUACCAAGGCAAAUAUUAAUCAACUUGAAGAAGACACUUAUAGUGGGAACGGUAUAUCUUCCGGGAAGGCGUCCUUGGAAUCCUAUUUUAAGGUUGUAUUCAGGUCGGGACGAAUAUUCGGAAGACUAUAAAACGAUAUGUCAGAUGAGCACAUCACCGCAGGAUAGUCAAGUUGGUGAAAGCUAUGUCAAUUUUAUUUUAGGUAUUCCUAUGUAUGGAGAUUUCACUUUAUCGUUUGAGCACUGGGAAGAGAUGGCUCAACACACUAUACCCAUCUUCACUAUUUUUUGUCAUGCGAGUUUUCUAACUCCAUCAUCUCGUCGUUUCAACCGUAAUGAGAUUGAAAUCUACCCGGAGUUGGCUUUGGGAGUUGAUGUCGAUUCAUUGGAGUAUAUUGAUCUUCAUUUUGAUGAAUUGGUUGAUUCAUGCAACGAUAAAAAUGACAGUCGUUCUAUUAAAUCGGAUAAUAAUAGUAGUAGUAUCGAAACAGAGAAGGAGUGGGAGGCAAAAACAUAUUUGAAUGAAAUCAAUUACAUGCUCCAAAGGGCUCCUGAAUAUCCUCCCAAGAGAAGAUAUUUAGAGAGAAACUAUUCAAAUGCUACUAUCAUAGCCUCCAAUUCAACAGGGCAUUCUUCUGCAGGAAAGGAUCCCUUGGUGAAGGAGUUGAUCGAACAUUUUAAGACCAAGUAUUAUAAUGAAUCGGAGAACAAGAGUUCUAGAGUUUUAUUGGAUAGUGGUAGACCUUCAGCAGAGUUUGAAAUGGAAUGGUUUUAUGAGGCGUUUGAGAGAUAUUUGGAUGAACUGAGUCAAUAUCGAAAUGGUUAUACAGAAAACGACCGAAAGAAGGCUGUGAAGAAGGCUUUGCUUUCGCGAUUUCCAGCAACUGCAUCUCUAAUAGAGACUCUUGAUGACCAUUCAUUUGAACGAGCAUUAAGGAAAGUCAUGCAGGAUGAAGAAAGUUCAUCUUAUGAUGGCAAUGAAUCAGAUGCGGACUAUUCUAUUUGUUCUCCGAGUACUGAAAACUAGGAGCAGUCAUAAUAGUCUUCGAGAGUUUUUGGUGGAUGAUAAUAUAGAUGAUUUAGAACCC